UUGCCAUGGAGCAGAAUGCAGUACAGUGGUUGGGUGCUCCCUCCUUGCGGCGAGGCAGCUAUGCCUUCUACAAGUUGGUGAGCAGCAGAUCCCAGCCCGGCGGUCCGCUGCAGGUCUGGAAGCUUGGAGAGUUUUACUACAUCCGCUGUGGUCCACAGGAACCCGUCUGCAUCGCCGAGUUGACUUUACUGUGGGAGGACCAGGCUCAGCACCAGCUGCUGGCCAGCUCCAGACUCUACUUCCUGCCAGAGGACACGCCCAAGGGCCGGACCAGGGAGCAUGGCAAGGAUGAGGUCUUGGCAGUGUCCAAGAAGAUCGUGGUCAGGGUGGAGGACCUGGUCAGGUGGUCCUGCUCGAAACCUGCCGGUUGGAGAAGCAGCAGCCACAAGCGACCUGCUGGAGCCAACGGCCUGCAUAAAGCGCCUCACAAUGCUAAUGCUAACGCUAACGCCGCAGACACGACCGCCGAGCUGCGGACAGACCAGACGGAAGUGUGUCAGGGGGUCAAGGUGCUGAGCUACCCCCAGUACUGCCGCUUCCGGUCCAUGCAGAGACGAAUUCAGGAUGGCGCCGGGGGGCCAGGGCUCCAGGACCCCCAUUUGUUGGCCCUUGGGGGCAUCAAGGUGUCUCUGGCCCACACCCAGGUGAUGUACUGCAGGGACACCUUCCACCACCCAACCCUGGAGAGCAGCACCAGCCUCUGGUCCCAGUUCAGAUGUCCGUCCCUCAGUUUGAGGGGCCGACCUCGCAAGAAAAGAGGCAGAGACAGCAAAGAGUCGCCGACUCCCAGCCCGUCCGAGUCCUGGAUCGAACGAAUGAAGGAGAACGUGAUGGGCAGUGUGGAGAUGGGCUGCGAGGAGAGCUGGUUACCACAUCCCGAGGAGCGACUGUUCCUGGAUCAGCUGUACUCCUUCAUGGAGAGCCACGGCUCGCCCAUCAACAAGGUGCCCAACCUUGGCUUCAAGAAAAUUAACCUCUUCCUCAUGUACUCGGUGGUCAGACGACUUGGCGGUUAUGAAAAGGUGACAUCAGACCGUCUAUGGAAGGUGGUGUACAAUGAGUUGGGUGGAUGCCCGGGCAGCACCAGUGCAGCCACCUGCACAAGGCGGCACUAUGAAAGGUUGAUGCUACCCUACGAAGAACACAUGAGAGUGGGAGGACCAGAAUUCAAAGUCCCACAAUUCCCUGCAGUUCCCAGGACCAGGGGCAUCAGGGGACGGAAACCACUGCCCCGGGGCAGAAAACCAGGGCAGGUGGUUCAUGCUGAUGGCACGGUGGUGGUGAAGAGAGGCCGGGGAAGACCUCCAGGUCGGCGGAACAAGGCGACCCUCAUCGCCCAGGCUAAACUUCUAGCCCAGCAGCAAGCGAAAGCAGCCCGUCGACCGCAAGCCAAAGUGAGCCUGAACAGCCUGCAAGAGGUCCAGCAGCUCCACCAUACUCCUGCUCCUCUGCCUGUCCACCCAGCUAGCCUCCUUCCCAACAUACUUCUAACACCGGACGUCUCUCCCAGACCAAACCCACUCCUCCUCCUUCAGCCAGAACCGAGGAACCAAAUGCAGCAGCAGAACGGCGAGUCGCUGAAUCUCCCCUCUGCAUCCGGCGCUGUCCUGUCUGCCCUGCCAGGCCGCUACGCCGGACGAUCUCUGGGUGGCUUCAGUCCCACGAAAGGCAUGUGUCCCUUGGAUGUAUUUAGGGCCCGACUGGGCCUCCAAAGGGGCAUGGACAGAUCUGCCACAAUCCAAGACCCAGCCCCGCCCCUCCCCCAUCACCAACCAGCCACCCAGCCCAAAACAGGAAGUCCAGAUUGUCCUCCUCCAAACACUGACCAGCCCCAACCUCCUCCUCUUCCUGUUCAUCCUCUUCCUCCCCACCAACACCACCAGUGUUCAGGGUGCACAGCUGAGGGAACCCAAAGGGGAGUCAUCCGGGAGGGGAGGAAUCGGCCACCUCUACCUCCUCUCCGGGUCCUCCCUCUGGACCUGGACUGCAGCGUUCAAGUCUGCCAGCUGAUGCGGACUCGUCUGGGCUCAGCUCAACUGCAGAGCUUCACCCGCCGUCUCUCUGAGGUCCUGUCCCAAGACCUGAACGUUAAGACCCCUUGCUCCCCGAGUGCUCCUCCUCCUUCCCCCCCUCCUCCCUCUGAGCAGGCCCUGCCCCUCAACCUCAGCAAGUUCUCUGAUGUCGCAAAAAGGACACUGCCAGACCAGCCUGACCCAAUGAAGGCAUCGAUGAACGGUAACACUGAUCUGCCGUCAUGCAAGAAGCCUAGAAUUGUCGCCGCCGCCACCGCCCCAGAGCAGGCGGAGGCUGAGGAUCUGAGUCUGCAUGGCAGAUCCCACUCUGGGCGAGGAGGACAAGGGAGAGGUGGAGGAGGUCCAGCCAUGGAGAUGGUUGCGCAGGAGGAGCCAGCGGACCUGAGCUCUCCCAGCAGGAUCCGAGCCUUCCUGCUGGGCCUGCCACCAUUCCAAGUGAAGGUGGAGGACGACUCAAACAAAGCUAGCAAGGGGAAAUUCCUUUCACCUCCUGCUACUGCCAAUCCCCAAAGCACUGAGGAGGAGCAGAAAGCAGAGGAAAGGGGGAAGGUGAAAGGGGAGAUGGAGAAUGAGAUAACUAUCAAAAUGGAGUCCAGCAUGGUUAAACAAUCGGAGGAGGAGGAUGCCAUCGAAGAAGAGCCAGUGGCCAUAAAGGAGGAACUUGUCAACUCACAGAAGGUUGACGUGCAAAGUAAAGAGGAGAAGCUGCUGUCCAAAGAGCAGAACAGGAAUUCUGGUGAGCAGCGGACACCAGAUGAGCAGCGGACACCAGAUGAGGAGAAGAUGGAAUGUGACGCGGAGGCUUCAACCAGCAGCCUGCCGAGCCCCAUUUUGCCGCAGUCCACCCCCUUGGCACUGGUCCAGCAGAGCUGA